UUGGAGCGCAGAGUGCUAAGGCAGAGCUUGGGCGGACUGUAUCUUAAUACUGCCUUCUUCUCAGAUCCCCGCCGGAAGUGGAGGUAAGAGACGACUCUUGGCGAUGAGCGUUUAUAAGAGUGUGGGCUUUGAGAUUAGGAUUGUCUACUUGAAGUGAAGCCAAAGGCGCCCUCCAUCCAGGAAUAAGGAAGAAAGCCUGCAUAGGUAAACCCGUCUCUACUGAAGCUAGACAUCAUGAUGAAACACAAAAAUAAAAAGCCAGGUAAAGGUUCCAAAGGCUGUAAAAAGGUAUGUUGGCCUCACUUUCAGCCUGCUAAGCACAGUGGGGAGAAAGCAUCCUCCAAAGCAUUCUCUGCUACUCAGUUUCACUCCAAUGAUCAUGCCAAUCGGGAGGCUGAAUUAAAGAAGAAAAGGGUUGAAGAGAUGAGAGAGAAGCAGCAGGCUGCUCGAGAACAAGAGAGACAAAGACGCAGGACAAUUGAGAGCUAUUGUCAGGAUGUCUUUAGGCGCCAGGAGGAAUUUGAGCGCAAGGAAGAAGUUAUGCAGGAAUUAAACAUGUUUCCUCAACUGGAUGAUGAGGCCACAAGGAAGGCUUACUAUAAGGAGUUUCGUAAGGUUGUGGAAUACUCUGAUGUGAUUUUGGAAGUCCUGGAUGUCAGGGACCCAUUGGGCUGCCGCUGUUUCCAAAUGGAGGAAGCUGUCCUCCAGGCAGAAGGCAACAAGAAGUUAGUCCUGGUCUUAAACAAGAUCGACUUGGUCCCCAAGGAAGUUGUAGAGAAGUGGCUGGAAUACCUUCAGAAUGAGCUACCAACUGUGGCUUUCAAGGCCAGCACCCAGCAUCAGGUCAAAAACCUGAACCGUUGUACUGUGCCAAUAGAACAUGCCUCCAAGUCGCUGCUGAAAAGCAAAGCCUGCUUUGGAGCUGAAAACCUCAUGAGGGUUCUGGGGAACUACUGUCGCCUUGGUGAUGUGCGCACCCAUAUUCGUGUGGGUGUUGUGGGCCUUCCCAAUGUUGGUAAGAGCAGCCUGAUUAACAGCUUGAAGCGAAGCCGUGCAUGCAGCGUGGGAGCUGUUCCUGGGGUCACCAAAUUCAUGCAGGAGGUCUAUCUGGACAAGUUUAUUAGACUACUGGAUGCCCCAGGCAUUGUCCCAGGACCUAAUUCAGAAGUGGGUACCAUCCUGCGCAAUUGCAUCCAAGUGCAGAAGCUGGCGGAUCCCGUGACCCCAGUGGAGACCAUCUUGCAACGCUGUAACCUGGAGGAGAUAUCCAACUAUUAUGGUGUCUCUGGGUUCCAGACCACUGAGCAUUUUUUGACUGCAGUGGCUCAGCGCUUGGGGAAGAAGAAAAAGGGAGGCAUAUACAAUCAGGAGCAGGCAGCCAAAGCUGUCCUGGCUGACUGGGUGAGUGGGAAGAUCAGUUUCUAUACACUUCCACCUGCCACCCAUACUCUGCCCACUCAUCUCAGUGCUGAGAUUGUUAAAGAGAUGACUGAGCUCUUUGAUAUUGAAGAUACUGAGCAAGCCAAUGAAGAUACUAUGGAAUGCUUGGCUACCGGAGAAUCUGAUGAACUAUUCGGUGACAUGGACCCACGCGAAAUGGAUCUCAAGUGGCUUCAUUCUCCAUUGGUGAAAAUGGCAGAUGCCAUAGAAAAUAAAACCACUGUGUAUAAGAUCGGCGAUUUCACUGGAUAUUGCACCAAUCCAAACCGUCAUCAGAUAGGAUGGGCGAAGCGCGAUUUGGACCACCGCCCUAGGAACAACAAUAUGGUGAAUGUUAACUCUGUGGACCGCCGCCCAAUGCUGCAGAAGAUCAUGGAGACAGAACCCCUGCAGCAGGGCCAGGCUCUGGCAUCUGCCCUGAAGAAUAAGAAGAAGAUGCAGAAGCGCACAGAUAAACUUGCCAGCAAGCUGUCUGAUUCCAUGAUGUCUGCCCUUGACCUCUCUGGCACUGCUGAUGAUGCUGCCAGUGACUGAUCAGCUGAUCUUAUUCCUUCUCUACUCUGAGUGUCAGCUUAUGUUUAUGUUUUCCUGAAGCACCUGCGUAUUAAAAGCACCUUUCAUUCUCUUUACCCUUAAAGGAGCCCCAAGCACCUGAAAUUGCCAAACCCAGUAUCCUUUAACCCUUACUCUGUUGUACAAGUUAAAUAAAGGAAAUUCUCAGCAGA